AUGAUUUUUUGUUCACAGGGACUAAGUCCACCCUCCGAACCAACAAACGGCCUCAUUACGCUCCUAAUUUUAGGGCGUAUUUUGACUGGUGUUGCGGCUGGCAUGCUUCUCGCCACUGCUUCUGUGUUCCUUGUCGAAGUGGCCCCACCUUCCCAGCGUGGCCAGAUCGGAUCGUUCGCUCAGUUCGGUAUUGUAGCGGGCAUCUGCUUGGCUUACGCGUUCGGAAUGUAUAAAACGUGGUUCGAAACAGCUAAGUUGAUGCUUUUUCCAACUGCGGUCCUCUUCGUUCUAUGUUUCUAUCUGCCGGAGUCUCCCGUAUGGCUGUCCCGGAACGGCAACCUGAAACUAGCCGUUGCCAAUCUUUCUUGGCUUCGAGGAGAUGUAAGUUUUGAACGACACAAUUUUAUAUUUAAAACUCCAGUCCGUGUAAGACACUUGGUUUAUUUUUUGGCUGUCCUGCUUACUGUUCGUAAGUGCAACCUUAUUUUGGCAUUUAUACACAUUGGUGCUAUUUUGUUAAAUUUGCCGAUGCUUUCAGUGUCGCUUUCAAUCUGGAAUAUCUUUCAACUCUUCGGAUUUUUUCAGCAUUUGAUUGCCUUGGACGAGCUGUCAGCCUCCUCUGCAACAAAAGAUUCGGAUGCUGAUGACGGUCAGCUUAGUCUGGUAUCCCUUCUGUUACCUUGUAAAGCUGUUCUUCCGCAACUUCGGCCCCGUCUGCGCAUGGCUAUCAAUCUUAUGAUUUUUCAGCAACUCACUGGUGUAAAUGUCAUAACCUUCUACACCGAGCCGUUGUGUCAGAAGUUUGUUCCCAUAUCUCAGUCUGCGCGAUGUGCUUUUUCUCUUGGUCUGGCGCAGCUGGUGUUUUCCUUAAUUGCCUGCAUGUUCAUUGAUCGCUUUCCCCGGCGCGUUUUGCUCCUCUCGACUGGUCUUAUAAUGUCCAGCUCCCUGAUUUUAUUUGCUUUUGGUCAACAAGUGAGUCCUCUUUAUUUUGACUUUUGA